CUAAGUAGCAUAGGGAUCUGCCUGGCCGCCUGUGAAGAGCCUGGUUUGGGUGGUCUGGUGGAGGAGGUCGUUAUUAAGUUUGUUGGUGGGUCAUCUGUUUCAGUAGAAGUUAUCUGGCCUGAGCCUCUGAGACUUUAGCUUUACUGCCAAGUUUGGUUCUUAGUGUGUGCGUUUGUGUUCGCUGCGUUCGUGGAAGGAAAGAGAAGCUUCAGCGGCCGUCUCAGAGAUCUCCAGAAAAGAGCAUCUGAACUUCACUGAUUUGAGGGUGCUUGACCAUCUUCUCAGAGUGCUUUCCUCCUCCUCCAGUUGGUUCUAGCAAGCAUCAUGAGGUUUCAAAUUCAUUUUGUAAUACUGUCUGAUGCCUCCAAAAAAGAAGUGUACCCGCAAAACUAGAAAGGCAGAGCUGGUAUUCCUUGAGAGGCCAUGGGAGGGACCCAUCCAUUGCUGUGAAACUCCGCUGUAUGUGGCUGAAAAUCCAGUACGUGUUUCUACAAAGCCUGUAGACCAGAACACCUCUACUGCCUGGGUGUGCCCACAAUCUGAAACAACUAAGUCAUUGGUUUUGAGAGCGUGUCAGAAGAAGCGAUGUGAUUCUCACAAGCUUCAGAAUCGGGAUGUCAGCUAUGGUUUGCUUCGUGCAGAGACAGCUUGUCGAAGAUCUGUGGCCUGCAAAUUUCCUCCCUUAAUUUUUGAGAAUUCAGAAGUAUGUUCAGUCCGCUCCACAGAUAUGCUGAGUCAUGCAGGAAAGAACACACAGCAUUCUCACAUCCAGUGCAAGAAAGGGAUAGGAUCCAAAGCUAACAUCCAGGUGAAUGGUUCUGAGAACUGUAGUGAAACGCCAUCAUUACCUAUUUCUCAGCCUGUAGGGCCAGCAGUCUUCAGCCCACUAGAUAUGGGGAUGCCACAGUUGCCUUCUUUAAGGAACUGCACAUGCAGCAGUGCUCUGCCACAAAUCAGUAGUCAUGCUGAGUUGGUGUCCAGCGUCAACCACUGUGGGAGGGAGCAAUUGGCAGAAACACUAGUUAUGGAUACUCCUGAGCGUGAGUAUGGAAUAAAGGUCACCUGGAGGAAUCGGCCUCAUCUCCUUAAGUACCUGAGAGACAGAGGGAAGCUGAGUACUGCUGACAUACUGGUAAAGGCACACCUUGAACUCUAGAAGUCAGGGUGCCUCCUGAUUGGCAAAACAGUAAUUUUAUGCGCAAGGACUUGCCUAAAUACAAAACGCUCUUUUCAACGAUAAAGAGGGGCAAUAGCUUAAGCUAUACAUCGUGCUAGGGCAUGCUAAUUCUAUGUCGUAGCAACGCGUAGGGUGCACCUUGUUCUCAGGGGGUGAGUGGCACUUUUUUUUUUUCCGGACUCAUCUUCCUUGCAGAGGGUGGGGGAAGGGAAGUAAGUGCAACGCGUCUUCCCACCCACACACCUCCCGCGAUCCAGACUUUAGCGCCCUGCGCCACCAGGACAACUGGCGGGCUUGGGGGGAAGGGGGGAGGAG